AUGAGCGGCGAAGACCCCUACAAGAAAUAUGCUCAUCUCCCUAUUCCUUCAUAUGAAGAGGCCACAUCUUCUCGUCCUUCAUCCUCGAACACCGCAAACGAAACAAGCGACGAAACAGAACGACAAGGUCUAUUAGGGAGACAGCCCAGUCAAUCAGCCCGCAAUGGCGCAUACCGAGCACCCACCGCCGAGUCACCACGCCCGAGCGAGGACAGCGAUUUAUACCUACCCGAGGUGAAUGGCGAAAGCGACGACGAUGAAGAAGCUGCGGUACGGCGAGACAUGGAAGAGAUGGAAAUACUUGAGCCCGAAUCAGCAACGAGCCGGCGGCGAGGUCAACUGUUCGGCAAGCUAUCACAUACUUGGAGCAACCUACCCUCGUUCCGCCGCUUCUCAAUGCCAAACUUCUCGUCGCUACGCCAGCGCCUCCCUACGAUACCCGAAGAGUUUCGUCUCAGUUUGCCCACCAUUGCCCGCCUGUUCGGUCUUUUUACCAUAGCUGCCCUGAUAUACGUCCUCUUCGCCCUUGAUGUCAUACCAAAUGCUGGACAUAUGGCCCAACACUACGAUCCCGAGAGCGUGCGCGCCAGAGUACAAGAGCAGGCUUCAUUAUCACCAAAUCGCAUUGCCGAAUACCUCGAGUAUAUCACUUCGUACGAUCACGUCGCUGGUACAGAAGGCGACUUUGUGCUGGCCGAAUGGGUUCAGGAUAACUGGCGUGCUCAACACUUGGAUGAUGUCAGGAUGCACGAAUACUUUGUCUACAUGAACUACCCAGAGCCCGAUGGCCGCAAUGUUGAGAUUGUGUCUCCAGCAGACAGGAGGUGGACUGCUUUACUUGAGGAAGAGUCGGUCUUCAAAGAGUCAGGGAGGGAAAAACAACAAACUCUCAAUUGGCAUGGUUAUUCCAAAAAUGGAAAUGUCACUGGCCACCUUGUAUAUGCCAAUGGAGGCUCACGUGAGGAUUUUCAGCGUCUGACAGAUAUGGGUGUAGACUUGAAGGGAGCUAUUGUUCUGGUACGAUACUACCACACGGAGGCAGACCGUGGUAUGAAGGUCAAGGCUGCUGAAAUGGCUGGAGCUGCUGGCUGUCUCAUCUACUCGGAUCCCAAGGAAGAUGGUUUCUUGAAAGGUCCUGUUAUACCCCACGGUCCAUGGAGACCGCGCGACUCUGUACAACGUGGAUCUGUCGCUCUUUCCAGUUUGGUCGUGGGAGAUCCUCUUACACCUGGUCAACCCUCGCAUCAAGACACUAAACACCAGGACAUUAACGAAGACAUCUAUGGACUACCAUACAUACCCAGUCUUCCAUUGGCUUGGCGAGAUGCUCAGCACCUUCUACAAGCUCUUAGAGGACACGGCCAAAAGGUCCCUUCCAGCGACUGGGAAGGUGGUGUGCCCGAUGUCGAAUGGUGGACUGGCGACAAGAACUCUCCAGAAGUUCGUCUCGUCAACAACAACUUCCAUACCGCCAAACAACGAAUUUGGAAUGUCCAUGGUCUGGUUCAAGGCAUGGAGACACCAGGCAAAAAGUUGGUUGUCGGCUCUCACCGCGACGCCUGGUGCUUCGGCAGUGUUGACUCUGGAAGUUCACAAGCCGUCCUUAUGGAAGUCGUGACCAUCUUUGGCGACCUCAUAAAACUUGGCUGGCGACCGCUCCGCUCUAUCGAAUUUGUCUCCUGGGAUGCCGAGGAGUACAACUUUGUUGGUUCUACCGAGUUUGUUGAAGAUAACAUGGAUUACUUGCGUAAACACGGUGUUGGAUACCUCAACGUCGAUGUAGGAGUUUCAGGCCCGAACUUCAGAGUUGCUGGAUCACCGCUGUAUAAGAAGGCCCUGAUGCACGUCCUUGAUAGAGUUGCGGAUCCGUACAAGAACGUUACCCUACGCCAAAUCUAUGACGAGCAAAAUCAACAAAUCGAGGGCCUGGGCGCGGGAUCUGACUAUGUUCCUUUCCAAUACAUGUCUGGCACCUCAUCGCUCGACUUUGGCUUCGAAGGUGAAGAAAAUGGAUACCCAUACCAUUCCUGUUACGAAACAUACGAAUGGAUGACAAAAUAUGGAGAUCCUGAAUUCCAGUACCACAAGACACUUGCCACAGUAUGGGCGCUCUUGAUUCUGGAAAUCGCAGAUCGACCAAUCAUCCCCUUCGACCUUAAUGAUUAUGCCGCAGCCAUGACUCCCAUCAUUGACGGGCUCGAGGCCGAUGCCAAAGCCACCGCUUCAAAACUAAAAAUCGAUCUUAACACCACUCCUUUCAGUAUUCAACCGUUGAGAGAAGCAGUGGACGUGUUUGUGGCCAAAGCGAAGGAAUUCCACGAAUUCGACAACAUGUGGGCAAAUAAAGUGCUUGCUGGCAGCGGAGGCUUCGAGACCAACGCGUAUGCUUUGAAACGCAUUGAGCACAACACAAGGGUUGCAAACUUCGAGACCGAUUUACUAGAUCUACCGGGUACUGGAGAGACCGGUCCCUACGGUGUCCCUGGAAGAACACAAUACAAACACGUCAUCUUUGGCCCCCAGCUCUGGGAUAGCUAUGCAGCUGCUUACUUCCCUGCUGUUCGAGACGCAAUGUACGACGGGAAAUGGCUAGAUGCGCAGGGACAACUAUUACGUGCAGCUAGGAUAUUGAGACAGGCUGCUGAGAAGUUGGUUGCGUGA